AUGCAGAAGACGCCGAUAAGGAUCCUGAAUGCCGAGGAAAUCGAGAAAAUGCGGACUGUGUGCAGGCUUGCACGCGAAGUUCUCGACAUCGCUGCCUCACAUGUCCGGCCUGGAAUCACCACCGAUGAGAUCGAUGAGAUCGUGCACAACGAGACCAUCAAGCGGAAUGCCUACCCGUCACCGUUGAACUACAAAGGGUACCCGAAAUCCGUCUGCACGUCCAUCAACGAAGUAAUUUGCCAUGGCAUUCCGGACCAGCGUCGGCUGCAAGAAGGCGACAUCAUCAACAUUGAUGUGACAUUGUAUUAUGAUGGUUUCCACGGUGAUCUGAACGAGACAUACCCUGUCGGCCGUAUCAACGAAGACACACAAAAGCUUUUGCGCACUGCACGCCAGUCCCUUGACGAGGCUAUCAAACUGUGCAAACCAGGUGCCCUUUUCCGUGACCUUGGCAAGACCAUUGAGCCCAUCGCACGCGCAAACAACUGUGCGGUAGUGCGAACAUAUUGUGGGCACGGCAUCCACGAGCUGUUCCAUUGCGCUCCUUUGAACGUGCCGUACUAUGCCAAAAACAAGGCCGUUGGCACGAUGAAACCUGGCAUGAUCUUCACAAUUGAGCCGAUGAUAAACCUGGGUCAUAAUUGGGACCUGGUACAUUGGCCGGACGAUUGGACGGCGACUACCGUCGAUGGAAAACCCAGUGCACAGUUUGAGGAUACCCUUCUCGUCACCGAGACCGGGGUGGAGGUGCUGACUGCAGGCAAGAGACGGCCAGACUUGUACGACUAG